AUGCCUGCUGUCCUUAUCCUCGGCGCGAGCGGCUAUGCUGGCCUCGCGGUCGGCCAAGCCCUCUUGCGCUCGGGCAACUACACCGUCUACGGCACCUCGCGCAGCGCCGAGAAGGCCAAGACCCUCACCACCAAUGAGAUCACACCCGUCAUCGGCGACGCUUCGAACUCGGCUUUCUUGGCGGCCGCCAUCCAUGACAACCACAUCGACCUGGUCAUCGACCUCACCCAGGCCUACGAGAACGCCGGCAACAUUCUCAACACCAUUGUCCAGGCCGCUCGCAAGCGCGCCGAGACCCUCGCCAAAGACAAGUCCGUUGGCCCCAAGCUCGGCUUCAUCUACACGUCGGGCACCUGGGUCUAUGGCUCUCCCAAGUACCGCGUCAGCGACCUGACCGUCCCCGGCACCUCUCUCUCCCCCGGCACGCCCGCCACGGCUGUCGGUUGGCGCCCUGCCCAUGAGCAGGCCGUGCUCGCGGCGCGCGACGUGCUCGACGUGGCCGUCCUGCGCCCGUCGACCAUUUACGGCCGCGCGUCGUGGGUCUUUGGCGUCUGGUGGGGCCCGCUCCUGGCAGCGGCGGCGAGCAGCGGCACUCAGGAGGUGCACAUCUCGGCCGAGCCAGAGGCGCGCAUGGGUCUCGUGCACGUCGACGACCUGGCCGACGCGUACGUGCGCGCGGCCGACCGCAUCGACGGCCGCCUGGGCGCGUGGCCCGUCUUCGGUAUCAGCGGCGAGACGCUCCCCGCCCCGCACAUUAUCGAGAGCGCCGCCGAGGCGCUCGGCGUCAAGUCCAAGAUUGUCUACGACGGCGCCGGUGGCAACCCCUUCUUCGAGGCCCUCAGCCUCGUCAGCAAUGCCGACACGUCGCGCGCCCGCACCGUGCUCGGCUGGGAGGCCAGCCACCGCGACUUUAUCGCCAACAUUGGCACCACGGUCGCGGCCUGGAAGGCUUCGCAGUAG